AUGACACGAUUAAAACGGCAGCAAUGGUGGCUAAUUUCUGUCACAGUAUUAAUCACUUGUCUACACUCAUGCACAACAGCCAAAAGUUUUAUAAAAUCUACAACGACCACCACUACAACAACAACCGAAAUUUCUACAGAUGCUGAAAAUGAUGAGCAAACAACAGUUGCACCAUCAAGUUCGACGAAGCCGCCACUUACAGGUAUUCCACAAAUUGAUUAUAUCUGGGAUCCAAAUCUUCCACGUGAGUUAAAUGGUUAUAAUCUGACUGAUUAUCCAUUCCUGGUGACAACUCCUCCCAGUGAACAGAUCUCAUUUAAAUGUAAUGGCCUUCACGACGGAUUUUAUGCUAGCGUCGCAUAUAAAUGUCAGCUAUACCACCACUGCCUGUAUGGAACGCGUUACGACUUUCUAUGUGCAAAUUUCACAGCAUUUGACCAAAAAACAUUCAUAUGUCAUUUUGCUUCAGAAGUAGACUGUGCUAAUUCACACAAAUAUUGGGGCAGAAAUGAUGCGUUGUAUAAGGCAACAACCACAACAUCUACAACGACGACAACUACUCCGGCUCCUGCAACGCAACCUGCUCCAAGACCAACUAGUCGAAGGCGAAGACCGCUAAGACGUCCACAGCCGUAUGACUAUUACUACGAUGACGAUUAUUCGGAUAGUGAUAUUUAUGAUGAUCAACAACGAGAUAUUGGUCGAAGACGGAAAAGACCACUUCACAAUCCAUCGCGACUUCCAGCUCAGUAUGACGACUAUGAUGACAGAUAUGAUUAUCGCCGUGACUACGAUGAUUAUGAUAAUCCUAGGAGCAAACCUUACGACAGACCCAGAGGUUACACGCCGCGCAGGAGACCAGGAUCCAGAGCACAAGGAAGAAAACAGCCCACCCCACAAGCACCACAGGAAACCUUAGUUCAGCCAUCCCAGAAAUCCAAAACAUCAUCGGUUUACGAUAGACCGCGUAUGCCUCCAAAGAUUCGGCGACCGGUGCCUCUGAAUAUACGGGAUAAAUAUGACUAUAAACCAAAUACAUCUGAUGCCUCACCAACACAAUCAGAUGCUGAAUAUAGUGACUAUGAGGAGGAAGAAGAAGUAGUUGUUCCGCCACGUAUUAAGACUGAAACUCAAGCAAAAGUUCCCCAGAAAAAGGUGCAUACACCGCCACCUCCAGUAGUUACUGAACGUCCUUUGGCUAAACAACCGAGCUUUGAUGACAGACCAGGACCAGUAAAGUCGUUGAGACGCCCUGCCCAAAUUGACAGACAUCGGAGACCAGUUUUAGACUCAUACGAUUAUGGAUAUAAGCAAGUACAAAGGGAUCCCGUGGAAUCGAGACCGCGUCACGAAUUGCGCCGGCCGGUAUCCAGCAGCACUGCCCAACCCCUAGAUGUAUCAGAUGAUGAGUAUUACGAUGAUGAAGAUUACGAGGCAGUUGAACCACAACCAAAACGACUAACGAAUUUAACCACAAAUUCAAGGCGGGAGCCAGUUUUACCACCAAAAUCAACGAGACCUUUAUUACGAGUUGUCAAAAGGCCAUUUUUACCUAGUAGGGGCGGCAGUCCAUAUUUGCCAAGAGGAUUGCAACCAAUUGGAAGAAAAGUCAAAAUUGAAUCACAGUCGCCGGUCGAUUACGAAGCAGAUAAUAUUGAAACAACAACUGGAUAUUAUGAAAAAAACUUUCAACGUAAAUCAAAAGAUGAACAACAUCGACGUAAACAACCAGUAGAGCCAAUAGUAUAUCAACAACAAGAAUAUUUAAGUGAUUCCUUGAAAGCUGGUAAACCUUCAGAAGAUAGACCACAUAUUAGACAAAAUUUUGCAGAUAUAAAUGAAAAUGAAUACGACGUCACUCUGAAUGAUGCCUUAAAUCCUACUUUACCAAAUCUUGCGCCAUUGAGGAAUUCUCCAAGUGGAUUUGUUCCUAAACUACAAUCUGCAGUAUAUUCUGAUAGAAAUGGACAAAGUUACCGUGGACAAACAUAUUACUCAGAGCCAAGCGCUUCAAAUAUACACUUUCUGCGCACUCCCAUCGAUAGAUCAGCUUACCAAUGA